UUAAUUGUCUUACUUAAGUGAUCAGUGCGAAUUUGCAAGUUGGUCGCAGUAAUGCAAAAAUUACUGCUAUUAAAUCUUUUCUUGGUUGUUUGCUUAUCACUUUUGCUCAUUGAUGAUACUGAAGCGAAUUCCGUUGGUCAGACUGGACUUGAGAUUUUAUCGAGAUUUACCAGAGCUGUGAAUCGUGGAGUCAAGUAUUAUAGUAGAGAGACAUUUUUCAAGUUUCCCAUUAUCAAACGAAGGAAUUCGAAAUUAAGAAAACGUUUAGAUGCAUUGAGUAGAAGGAAUAAGAGAAAAAGACGUCGCAGAAGGCGCAAAAAAAGGAACAGGGCAUUACGGCGCAAAAGAAGAAACAAUACACGCCGGCGGAAAAAAAGAAACGGAUCACAAAAGCGCAGAAAAAAACAAAGGAGGUGGGCACGUAAUAAUCGAAAUCGAUCCAAAAAGCUAAGAAAACGGUCCAGUGCAAGUUGGAGAAAUUUUAAUGGGCAUUUUAUGUAGUUGCCAUAUUACUUAUUGAAGCCUUGUUUUAUGAAUAACCUUAACAAUGAUGUUGACUACGUUGAUUGAAUUGUUAUCAAAACUUUAUAUUAUCCUGUGUUCUGCAAGGGAUGUGCUCUCGUGAUAUUUGUGUCUGUAAUACGGAAAGUUUGGUGAAACUAAAUUUUUAAGUCUCUCAAUA